AUGCCACAGUUAGAGGUAGGUACUUAUAAUAUACAAUAUUGGUGGGGGUUCUCGGUUUUAUUUUUCUUGUUAAUUUUUUUAGAAGUUAUAAUCUUUCCUUUUGUAAAGCGUGGUUGAUGAAUAAGACAGUUCUUAUUGGGGUGAACCUUUUUUUUAGGGUGAAAAAAAAAUUAUGGAAAAAGAUUUCCAUGAGAACUGUCGCAAAAUGUUUAA